AUGAAUGGAAGAGUGGGGAUAGACAACGUGCGAGAUCUAUUCAACGAUGAACAGUUCCUUACCAAAUUUUUCUUCUACUUUUCCGCAGAAGAAAGAGGAACUUUAGCUCAAGUUUGCAAAAAAUGGAAAAGUUUUUUGUAUCAAUCGAAAUUCUGGGUGGAUGUCACCCCUAUUAUAGCAUUCCGAAAUUGGGAAAAAAAUCCAGUCGUACGUCGAAAAUUUUACGAGAGUCUCCAAUACAGGGGAUUUGAUUCCAUUUGUCUGCAAGGUGCUACAGAUGAUGAUGUUGUGGACUUUGUGAGUAAUUUCCCACCCAGUAAGAAAAACCUAAGAUCAGUCAGUGUUAGGUGUUCGAAUAUCACCGAUGUCGGUCUGGAAACACUGUUUAAAAAAAUGUGUAUAUAUCGCUUAGAGUUAUCAGGUUGUAACGAAAUUACAGAGACUGGUUUAUGGACGUCACUCAACGCUAAAAUCGUUUCAUUAAGUAUCAGUGACUGUAUUAAUGUAGCUGAUGACACAGUCGGGGCAAUCUCCCAACUUCUACCCUCAUUGUACGAACUCAACUUACAGGCCUACCACGUAACAGACGCGGCAUUGGCCUUCUUCAGCGCAAAACAGAGUUACACCCUCGGGGUUUUAAGACUGAAGUCAUGUUGGGAGAUCACAAAUCAUGGUAUAGUUAAUAUUGUACAUUCCCUCCCCAAUCUUACCGUCCUAAGUGUUUCGGGUUGCAGUAAAAUUUCUGACGAUGGUGUGGAACUUAUCGCCGAAAAUCUACGGAAGUUACGGAUAUUGGAUUUAUCUUGGUGUCCCAGAAUAACGGACGCAUCGUUGGAAUAUGUAGCCUGUGAUUUAGGACAAUUAGAAGAGUUAGUUCUUGACAGGUGUAACCACGUGACUGAUAUCGGUAUUGGAUAUAUAUCAACUAUGAUGUCAUUACAAAGACUGUAUCUCAGGUGGUGUCAGAUCAGAGAUUUCGGAUUACAACAUAUUUAUUCCAUGCGAGGUUUACUCGUUCUUUCGUUAGCAGGGUGUAUACAUAUCACUACUAAUGGUCUGUAUGGUUUAACAAGACUUUAUCAACUACAGGAGCUAGAACUAACCAAUACACCAUCAGCUUCUAAAGGUGUCGGACAUUUCUUACGAGAAAAUUUACCUAGGUGUAUUGUGUUGGAUUAA